GAAAAAGCUGCCGAUGAGCCUCCGUCUACUGCUCUGACUUUUAUUGACUGUACGACAUUUGCAGUAUUCGCCGACUCAAACGAGUUCUCUUAUUGGACUUCUUCCUAAUCCCUCAUAUCUUACUACCUCCUUAUUGAGACACCACCCCCAUGGCGGGACCAACAACGACGGCCGUUGCGCCGGCCGACAACAAGCGCAAAGAAAGCAAAAGAGUGAUGGAAGCGCAAAAGACCUACGGCCGGGGUAAAUCCAUCCACACCCACAGCGUUCGCGACAAGAAACUGCGCAGCAACCUCAAAGCCGUGGAAGACAAGUACAAGGAGGCAGCCCUGAAGGCCAAGGAUGCGGAGAUUUUGCUCGAGCACGAUGCCGGAUUCCUCGAGCCCGAGGCAGAGCUGGAAAGGACGUACAAAGUUCGACAGGAUGAGAUUCGCGAAAGUGUCGGCAUCGAAACGGCCAAGAAGGGAUUCGAGCUCAAGUUGACCGAUAUGGGACCCUACCGGAUGGAUUACACAAGGAAUGGUCGCGAAUUGCUGUUGGCCGGGCGCAAAGGGCAUGUGGCGACGAUGGACUGGCGGAAUGGAAAGCUGGGAUGCGAGUUGCAGUUGAACGAGACUGUGCGCGAUGCUCGGUGGCUGCACAACAAUCAGUUCUUCGCCGUGGCGCAGAAAAGAUCUGUCUAUAUCUACGACCAUGCCGGUGUGGAACUGCACUGUCUGAACAAGCAUCUCGAGCCUCUUUUCCUUGAAUUCCUGCCCUACCACUUCCUUCUUGCGAGCGCCCAAAUGAGCGGCUACCUCAAAUACACCGACACCUCAACCGGUCAAAUGGUCGCCGAGCUGCCCACCCGCCUCGGUGCUCCCACCUCCCUCGCCCAGAACCCAUGGAACGCCAUCCUACACGUCGGCCACCAGAACGGCACAGUGACUCUCUGGUCUCCCAACUCACAAACCGCGCUCGUGAAGGCCCUUGUCCACCGCGGCCCCGUCCGCUCGAUGGCUAUUGACCGCCAAGGCCGGUACAUGGUAUCGACCGGCCAAGACCAAAAGAUGAACGUCUGGGACAUCCGCAUGUUCCGCGAAGUACACAGCUACUCGUGCUACCAACCGGGCGCCUCCGUCUCCAUCAGCGACCGGAAUCUCACAGCUGUGGGUUGGGGCACGCAAGUCAGCGUAUGGCGGGGUCUCUUCGACGCCGCGGCCGCCGACCAAGGUAAGGUACAGAGCCCGUAUAUGGCCUGGGGCGGCGACGGCCAACGUAUCGAGAACAUGCGCUGGUGCCCCUUCGAAGAUGUUCUCGGUGUGGGCCACGACCAAGGCUUCGCCAGCAUCAUCGUCCCCGGCGCCGGUGAACCCAACUUCGACGCCCUGGAGGCCAACCCGUACGAGAACACCAAGCAGCGCCAGGAAGCCGAGGUGCGCGGUCUGCUGAACAAGCUGCAACCGGAGAUGAUUUCACUGGAUCCCAACUUCGUCGGAAAGCUCAACACGAUCAGCGACAAGAAGAACCGCGAGGAACGCGAUCUCGAUCGCAGACCCGAGGACCCCAUGGAGAAGCUCAAGAACCGUGGUCGGGGUCGCAACAGUGCGCUGCGCAAGUACUUGCGCAAGAAGGGUCGGCGCAAUGUCAUCGACGACAAGCGCGUCAAGGCCGAGAUGUUGCGCAAGGAGCAUGCUGCCCGGCACAAGGAAAAGUUGCGCUCCGAGAGGGAGAAUUUGGGUCCCGCGCUGGCGAGAUUCGCCAAGAAGGAGAUUUAAUCUUCUUCCUCUUCUGUCGAGGACGAGUGCACUUGUGUUUAGUAUUCUUCUUGUCGUUCUGCUGCUACUGCUGGAGGACGACUUUCAGAUACCCUGCUUUAACUAUCUAACCAUCGCGCGAGAGGAUUUCUCUGUUUCCUUUCUCUCUUCCCCCAAUCUUUAUUAUCGUCUGUGUGUCACGAUCCUUCUUUCGAGC